GCCACUGUGGGUGGAAGGAGAAGGGCAGGGUGGAAAAAGUUUGAGAGAAGGAGGGAGGAAAAGUGUCCUGGCUAGCACCAUGUGGAUUCUCUUGAGAUGAGAAGAAAAUGCCCGGCUCCGUCCCCCUUCUGCUGCUCCUGCUUCUCCUGAGGUGUUCAGAACGGGGUGGGGGAGUUAAUUCUGGUGAGAAGGAUGCAAAAGUCCCCAGGACCUGGAGAGAUGGAGUCAGGGUCCCUGGAGAAGGAGCCUCUUGGGACUCAGACAGGGCCAGUCCUGAGCGAAGGUACGGAAUAGUAGGACUAAGUCAAAGCAUUUCCACUAAGCACCCAGAGACCAGCCCUAAAGACUCAAGAAUAAGAGAAAAUGAUGUAACUGCAGAUGGAAGGACCACUGAGGACCACAUCACUGCAGACCCAGGGACCACCGAGGACUCUGUCACUGCAGACCCAGGGACCACUGAGGACAAUGUGACUGCGGACCCAGGGACCACCGAGGGCUCUGUCACUGCAGACCCAGCGACCACCAAGGACUAUGUGUCUGCAGACCCAGGGACCACCAAGGAUUCCGUCACUGCAGACCCAGGGACCACCAAGGACUAUGUGCCUGCAGUCCCAGGGACCACUGAGGACUCCAUCACUGCAGACCCAGGGACCGCUGAGAACUUUGUCACUGCAGACCCAGGGACCACCAAGGACUCCAUCACUGCAGACCCAGGGACCACCAAACACUCCAUCACUGCAGACCCAGGGACCACCUAGGACUCCAUCACUAUAGACCCAGGGACCACUGAGGACUCUGUCACUGCAGACCCAGGGACCACCUAGGACUCCAUCACUGCAGACCCAGGGACCACCGAGGACUCCGUCACUGCAGACCCAGGGACCACAGAAGAUGAAACCACUAAACAUGGUGACACUCACCUUCUGUGAACUACUUCAGUCACAGCAGUGAAACCCACCAGGCUCCUGACACCCAUGGGAAUUAUCCUCAGAUUCCCUGGCUGCAACCACAGUCACUGUUGUGCUCUUUGUUGGAUUGGG